CAGGAACGGAAGUCAAUAUCAACUAGAGAAUAAAUAUAAUUACACAGAGACCAAUCACACGGUUGUACAUUUGGUAUAUUUUCACUCGGUUAGUUGUAUUAAUGAGGAACUUGCUCCCUUUUCUUUGUAAACAGCUUCUGUUCCGCGCCUGUGUCAACUAGCUGACCUUAAAGAAUUCAUUUCACCGGCAGCCGGUUUUGCAUGUUAAGUUAGGUAUUGUUAGCAUAUCAUAGCAUACAAACCUACAUUGUUUCUAUGAUUGAGAUUCGGGCUGUAGAACAACGAGGUUUGUUAUAUUUAUUUAAUGUUUCAUCACAUCAUUGUUGUAAGUGUAGUUGCAAAUUGAAUUUGCUUAGUCAUGGUAGUGAUAAAAACAAACAGAAUUUGCUGAAUCAUUCUACGCUCGCUAAUAUUAUUGAAUUGUAGACGCACUCCUGUUCUGCACACAGUCUCAUUCUCGGUUGUCAUAUGCAAAGACGUGAAACUGGUGUGAAUAGAGUCUAGAAAUUCUCAUUCUUAACAAUGGCCCUUCGGAAAGUUGUCAAGACUGUCCUUAGUGUGGAACAACAAGAGGGCGUUGGGGCCCGUGUUCGCAGAAGCAUAGGUCGGAAAGAGCUACAAAAUUUAGAUCCUUUUUUGAUGUUAGAUGAAUUUAAAGUCUGCAAGCCAGCAGGCUUUCCUGACCACCCACACAGAGGUUUUGAGACUGUUACUUAUUUAAUACAAGGUACUUCUGCCCAUGAAGAUUUUUGUGGUCACAGUGGUACAAUGAAAGCAGGAGAUUUACAGUGGAUGACAGCUGGCAGGGGAGUUGUUCAUGCUGAAAUGCCUGUCUCAGAUGAACCUGUCUGUGGUCUCCAGCUCUGGGUGAAUCUGAGAAGCUCAGAAAAAAUGGUGGCACCUCAGUACCAGGAAUUGAAAAGCAAGGAGAUCCCAAAACCCAGCAAGGGAGGAGUGACGGUAGCUGUCAUCUCUGGAGAAGCUCUGGGAGUCAAGUCCAAAGUUUACACAAGAACCCCAACCAUGUAUCUUGACUUUAAACUGGAGAAAGGAGCAAAACAUGUGCAACCAGUUCCUAUAGGAUGGACUGCAUUUGUCUAUACCCUCUCGGGAUGUGUACAUGUUGGUCCUGACAGUGACCAGAGACAAAUCGAGCCGCACCAUACAGUUGUGUUUGAUGAUGGAGAGGGUAUACAAGUGGAAAAUAAGGAUGCUGAAGUAGCACACUUCGUAAUAAUUGCAGGAGAACCAAUUAAGGAACCAGUUGUACAACAUGGUCCUUUUGUGAUGAACACUGAGGAAGAAAUAACACAGGCAAUCAAUGACUUUCGAUCUGGCACCAACGGGUUUGAACGGGCUAAAAUAUGGAGGUCAAAAAUACGAUACAAGUGAACAUUUUCGGCAUAUGUUUGUGUCAACAAAAUUUGACAAAAACAAUGAAUAUGUGAUGCUUGUCUAACAACUUUUUGGGGGUUUUCUUCUCUAUGGUGCAUUAUUUAAUGAUGAAACAAAUUCCACGUUUUUGAAAGGGAUUUUAGUAGAUAGUGGGAUAAGCGUGUGAAAUAUAUCUUCAAGCUCUGCUUUUAUAAAUGUGUAGAAAUAGCAGCCUUAGCUGGGAGUCAGUUUGUUAAUUUUUACUAAGAUCCAUAAAAGCAUCUUUUCAUAGUGCUUUGUGAGUCUGUAAUUUUGUUUUUGUUUUUUUUGUAAAUGUGAAAAAUCCAUUAAAAAAAUAUAGGAAUGA